AUGGGUUCAACUGGUGUUACCAAACCUCUGAGCGGAUCCUCGGAUUUUGGCGUGGUCCGUCGUUCGUGGGAUUCUAUACACGCAACCUUCUCCGACUCUAGUGUUUUUCUCUCUUUGACUCGCCUUUCUCGAACCUUUGACCAGGAUGGAACCGUGAAUUGGGGUAAAUUGGUGUUCUUGACUACUUGUGUGCUUACAAUGGCGGGCUGCGGCAUGCUUUCGUCCUUCUUGCGGCGCAAGAGUCCCAAUCGUCUGAUUACCAGAAAGCGUUUGCGACGGGUCGUUUUACGCCGGGAUUAUUCCAAAGGCUCUGCUGGAACCAUCACCUCAUCGGACGAUGAGGAAUACGAUAGUAGCGGGUCUCUCCGCCAUGUUACAGAACGCUCCUCCCAUGAGGAGAAAGUAACCCCCCAACGUCGCGAACAAUCCGAAGAAGCGCAUGAUACAGACCCUGGUCUCCUAAAGAAACAUUCAUCCUACCUCUCCUAUACAACAUCUGUUGCGACUUAUCCAUCGAUAAGGACAUUGUAUCGCCCUCAUCCACAGACCGACAAAUUACCUACGAAGCCAUCAUCCGUCCCCUUGUUGGUGUUCGUGCACGGACUGGGAGGUUCUUUGGCUCAGUUCAAUCACCUGCUGACAAGCUUGUCUAAUGUCGGGCCGUGUUUUGGAAUUGAUCUACCGGGCUGCGGACUAUCAGACUUUGCGCCGACCUCUUGGGACGCAUAUUCUGUGGACGCGCUGGCAGAGCUACUCGCCACCGCCAUUGAUCAGCAUCGUGACAAGGAGAACAGCCAAGGGGUCGUCCUGAUCGCCCACAGUCUGGGCUGCUCUCUCUCGGCAUUGUUAACAUCCUCGGCCUCAUCCAUAGGGUCCCAAGUGAAAGAGCACAUACUUGGCCUCAUUGCUGUUUGUCCCCGAUCUUCGCCCCCGUCGCCCCAUGAGGUUGCCUCGUUUCGCCGCCUUCUCCAUAUUCCCGGUCCUCUUUUUGAUCUUUGGCGUCAUUGGGACCGACGCGGUGGUCUGACUAGUGCCAGCGUCACUAGACUUGUUGGUGCAGAUGCCGAUCCCGAUACUAGGGGGCUUCAGGUGCGAUACAAUAAACAGAGCAAAACCCCUGUGUGGAGACGCAUGGCUUGGGGAACGCUGCCCGCCUACGACCGCAAUGGCUCAAAUCCCGUCGGUGGACUACCAGGAAGAGACGUCUGGGCAGGUGUGGAAAUCCCUGUUUUGCUUGUGGCCGGCGAAUCCGACACAGUCACCAAACCCGAGGAAUUGAAGAAAAUUCUUGAAUUUUUUGAGGGUACCGAAUGCGUUGUUGAUGGAGACGUCAAAGGCAGCAACAAUGUUCCCGACGCCCCCAGUAAUGGGGACGGUCAAACUUCAAAGACUGCUCUUGCACACGAGGAGGAGUACGGCAUCGAGUCCCGAAUUGAUGGCAAAGAAGUCCAAUCCAUCACCAAGACAAACCAAGUCAAACGCUCUGUCAAGACGGUCAUUCUUCCUGCUCCAGCUUCCCAUGCGCUUCUAUACGACCGUGCGACUUACCGCACCCUGGCUGGGGUCAUUCAAGACUUUCUUCGCCAGCACAUCGACCACCGACUCAACAUGGGCUGGCAGCUGCAGUACCUGAACACAUCGGGCAAGUGGGAUGUCAAGAAUCUGGCUAAGUGGCAAAAGGUGACUCCGGUGUCGGAGCGCAUCGCCAACACAUUCGUUGCCCUCAAGAUGCUACGAGAGGUCGAUGAGGAACACAACCCGGUGUUGUUCUCCGAGAAGCACCGCGACCGGAUCUAUGCUGUAGUCGACAUCAGCUACGAGAACCCGGUGUACAACCCGGCCUCGUUGGAGAAGGGCGGGAUCCAUUACCACAAGCAUCCUACGGUGUCAAAGAUUCCACCAUCUACGGACGAAACUCGAGACUUCAUUGCUCUGGUGGAUCGACUUCAAAACGAGAUCACCGAAAAGCUGGAAAAGUCCGAGGAUAACCAACCUCCACGUCCUAUGAUCGGUGUUCACUGCCAUUACGGAUUCAACCGGACGGGGUUUUUAAUCGUCUGCUACCUGAUUGAACGAUGCGGGUUCAGCGUGCAGGGAGCCAUCGACGAAUUCGAAAGCCGGCGACCGCCAGGUAUCCGCCAUGCGCAUUUUAUCGACACACUUUUCGUGCGAUAUUGCAUUGGACUAAAGAGAGCGCCCACUCUUUAA